AUGGCAACCCAGUCAAUCCGCAUUUCUGCGCUCAUACUCUCCGCCUGCGAGGCGCUACUCUCCCAUACCUUUACCAACCGUCUUCUCCUCCUCGAAGCCCUCAACAAUACUGGCCUGCCUCUUGUCUACAACGCAAAAUCCCACGUGCUCCAGCGUAACGAUGCCCUGGCUGUUCUUGGGGACGCGCGGAUGGACGCAAUCCUGUGUCGGUGGUGGUGGGACGCAGGCUUCCAGCGAGUGAAAGGUCAGUGGAGUCAAGCACGUCUCGACAAAUGUGGCAAUGUAACGCUUGCUCAACUGGGUCGACGUCUCGGUGUCGAUACCUAUGUGAUCAAGAAUCCUGGGACGGUGGUGGUGUCAGAUAAGAUGGUGGCUAUGGCUGUGGAGGCGCUGAUGGGGGCGGUGUAUUUGGAUGGUGGGGAGGAGGCGUUGGAGGGGGUUAUGAUGGCGUUGGGGUUUGGUGAGCAUCAGUUCUUGUGA